GACAACGACACAUCCACAACGACAUACCGAUUCACGCGCUCCGCCUUCUCGACUCUCUCUUCAAGGCACCCUCUACCAUCUGCGAGCAGCUGUCGAAUCCCCUCCAUCCUUUUCUUACUGCCAUUCGCAUUUUCGCCGCCUUUUACUUUUCGCGAUAGUCUAUGCAGCACAGCUCGACAUGGGCAAUACAUCUUCCAAAGGCGAUGCAUCCACCUUGCCAAUGAAGAAGAGCGACACGCAAGGAUCCACGCGCUCAUUCAGAUCAUUCAAAAAUGCCAUCAAGAAGUCUUCUUCUGCCAUAUCCGAUGAUGGAAGUGAAGGCGCAACCGCUGGCGGACGGUCUUCCAGACGCUCGAGUUCCGGGUCAUUGCCCAAUUUUGAGACAGACAAUGACGACGACGACCCGGCCUCGCCCAUCAAUGAUGUCCAACGACCGCCAUCACCGACGCAUGGCAAGUUUUCGGGUCAUCGCGCCGACAAGGUGGAUGAUAUGGGCGGCGAAGUCAGUAACACAUCGGACGCAGCGCCCAAAGUCCCGCCGACUCCAUCAACGGCAACACCACUAUCCCCCAUACUCAUGAAAAGCGCGAGCACGAUCGGGCUCUCUGCGCCAUCAGCAGAAGUCCUUGCAACGAGUGCCGCUUCAAACAAUUACCCGACCAUCAAGAAUAUCGAUGUGGACGAUUUGAUACAACGGCUAUUGGAUGCAGGCUACACAGGCAAAGCAACAAAGUCUGUGGUCCUCAAAAAUGCCGAGAUUGUGGCUAUUUGUGCUGCAGUUCGGGAGAUUUUAUUAUCACAACCCGCCCUACUUGAACUCUCUGCUCCCGUCAAGAUUGUUGGCGAUAUCCACGGGCAAUUCACAGACCUCAUUCGCUUAUUUGAAAUGUGUGGAUUCCCGCCGAGUGCCAAUUACUUGUUCUUGGGAGACUAUGUCGACCGUGGCAAGCAGUCGCUCGAAACGAUCUUGUUGCUCAUGCUCUAUAAGAUCAAAUACCCUGAAAACUUCUUCUUGUUGCGCGGCAAUCACGAGUGUGCUAACGUCACACGCGUGUACGGCUUCUACGACGAAUGCAAACGGCGCACGAACAUCAAGGUGUGGAAGACCUUUAUUGACGCCUUCAAUACACUCCCUAUUGCUGCGGUCGUUGCCAACAAGAUUUUCUGUGUGCACGGUGGUUUGAGUCCGUCAUUGGCGCACAUGGAUGAGAUUCGUGCCAUCACACGGCCAACAGACGUUCCAGACUAUGGCCUCCUCAAUGACUUAUUGUGGUCCGACCCUGCCGACAUUCACAAUGACUGGGAAGACAGUGAACGCGGUGUUUCUUAUUGUUUCAGCAAGAACGUCAUCCACCAAUUCCUGGCGAAGCACGACUUUGACUUGGUAUGCCGAGCGCAUAUGGUCGUUGAGGACGGCUAUGAGUUCUUCAAUGACCGGACACUGGUUACCGUCUUUUCAGCACCAAACUAUUGCGGCGAGUUUGACAAUUUUGGUAUGUACACUGUGGUCAUGUGUGUAUCCGAGGAAUUGCUUUGUUCCUUUGAACUCCUUAAACCGUUGGAUGCUUCAGCGCUGAAGCAGCACAUGAAGAAAGGCGACAGCAAAAAACAUACAAUGAUGCACAGUCCACCAGCACAAUAUCUCAGUCGUUCCGAGUAGGUGCGUGUGUCAAACUUUUGCUUCAUGUGUCUAUGCUUUUCUGCCUUCUAC